CAUACGUAUACCACUUGUUUUGUGAGGGUAGCAAUAUCGCUACAAAACCACUUGUCUAUAGUAUACUAGUGAGUCUAUAUGCAGCUGCACAGCUAUAUUGUCGAAAUGAGUUGUAAAUACAGAAUGAGAAAGUUCUACUCAAGGGGAUCCUACCUUGUGCUAGCUUGGACACUGUUUGUAAGUGCUACUGCUAUUGCUAGCCUUAACUUAACCUACAUACUUUUUACUGGCUAUCCUGAUUGGCUAGUCACAACAACACUGGCACUUUUUCUUCCAAUAAUAUUUUGUCUCGGAUUUUUAGCCAAUUACAAGCUUCAAGAUUACACAAUAGCAAGGAUCGGAAUUAUCGCCAUGUUUCUUGUAACAAUGGUUUUCAGCAUAUACGUCCUAAUCCUCGGCCCUGGACUAGAAUAUGGUUUUGGAAAGUACAGCCUCAUCAAUGAAGUCGUAUUAUGUAUAAUGCUUUGUGUGUUUUUGGUGGCACUGACAUGUUUAACCUGCGUACUACAACUAGGCCUGGAUCAGAUGCCUGAUGCUUCAUCUUCUAGUAUCACUAGUUUUAUCGCUUGGUUUGUGUUCAGUAUAAGUGCCGAUAGCUGGGUUGGAGAUUUUGGACAAUAUAUGGUAUUGAAAGGUAACUGCUUUGGUCUAAUUGUUGAUUCAAUCAGCAGUAUCCAGCUUUAUAGUCUGUAUCCAGCUUUAUUUGCAAGUUUUAUUCUUGUUCUCAACCUCCUUUUCGCUAAAAGCUGGUUGAUUAUCGAGCCUAACCCACCAAAAUCUUUUAAAAUCAUUUAUCAGGUUCUCAAGUUUGCAGCCAAACACAAAGCUCCCCUCAAUCGCAGUGCUCUCACAUACUGGGAGGAAGACAUACCUUCAAGAAUGGACCUGGGAAAGUCGAGAUAUGGUGGACCAUUCACUACAGAGCAAGUUGAAGAUGUGAAAUCAAUUCUACGAAUGUUUGCUAUGAGCCUACCAUUGUGGUUAAUCUUGUUUGCACUUGCUUUUAAUCCCGACAAUGUCGUUCCAUUAACCUUUCCAAAUCUCACCAACUGCACAUCUGACAUGCUUUUCUCUUUCACGUACAGUAAUUAUUUGUGGUCUAUGAUUGGUACCCUGGUUAAUGAAUUCGUUUUCUAUCCACUUUUCAGAGAUAGAUUUCCAAGUAUUCUAAAGAGAAUCGGUAUUGCUUCCUUCCUUUCUCUGGUUUUGAGUAUUGUAUUCAUUAUAGUGCAAUCAUUGGAGGUUCUUCACAAAAAGGAGGUAAUCACCAUUUUAUCCUUGAUGAUGAACGGUUUGCUGGGAAAUCUUUUUUUUUGUGCAAUGCUGGAGUUAGUUUGUGCUCAAGCCCCAUACAACAUGCGAAGAUUAUUUGCUGCUUGUAUGAGUUUAAAUUUUUUGUCCUCUACAUACGCUGGCAUUUAUGUAAGUGGUGUAAUUCACUCCAAAAAUAAUAAAAUUCUGGUACUGAUUUUGUUUGGAAUCAAGGCUGCUCUUAGUCUGCUUGGAUUCAUCCUGUACUGCCUCCUGGCUCGCUGGUACAAGAGGAGAGUUAGAGACGAGCACUAUCAUGUACAAACUGUUGUGGAGGAGGUCUAUGAUCGAUAUCUAACAACUCGUAAUCUAGAUUGAUAAUGUGAAGAUGACUGAUUGUAUCAUUAUUCAUUAUUAUAUGUAGUUCAAUAGAAUUCUAUGUAU